AGCGAUGGAGCUGCUACUUGGGACGCUGCUGGGAGGUCGGGUGAAAGCAGCAUAUGAAAGUGUGAGCCGAAGUAUGGACGAAUGUUCGACAGGGUCAGGCAAACAGUUUCCAAAGUGGGAAGGACCAUAUAUGGUCACUUCGAGAUGGGGUUACGCAGACACAGUCGCAAUGGCGAACAAUAAGAGGCGCGUGAACGUCAGCGAGCUCCAGAAAUGGAUACAGCGAGACAAGCCAACGAUGACGCCUGCACCAAGUAGAUCAAGCCGACUUCAGUCGCACGUAUUUGACGGGGGGACGAGUGUGGUGAGAGCAGGCUGCUAGCCGAUUGGUUGACACUAAGCUACGUUAAUAUGGGCCGUGAGAAAAUAUGAACAAGGCUGAGUCAACAACCAAUCACAGCAAAGUUAACGUGGCAAAAUAUGAUUCGCAGAUAGAGAACUCUAUUUGUCAAGGAAUCCCGAAACAACCAAUCAGAAGCCUGCGUUUGUCUGCCUAACUUCUGAUA